AGGCACAACGACCAAGAUUAGGUAUGGUGGGUGGGCAGUGAGAAUGCUGUAGAGGUCAGAGAAUUAUCAGGAGAAAGAGUCGGAGACUUUGAGGAAGCACUAAACAGAGUGAUUAGAGUUGCUGGGAGAGUUAUGGGUCGUGGAAGGCGGAGAGGGAGACGAUCGCACAGUAGGAGGUGUCAUGUGAGUCUUGGCAGAGCUGCUCCUGAGUGGAAAUGCUCUCAGUGGUCGAAAAUGGACUGGACCCCCGGGCCACCAUCCCGGUCAUCAAGAAGAAGCUGGUGGAAUCUGUGAAGGCACUGCAGAAGCAGUAUGUGUCCCUGGACACAGCAGUGACAAGUGAAGAUGGAGAUGCCAACAUCAUGUGCAGUGCCCUAGAAGCUGUAUUUAUCCAUGGCCUGCAUGCCAAGCACAUCCGUACAGAGUCUGGAGGAAAAUGGAAGAAAAGUACACACCAGAAACCUCUGCCUCAGCCUGUCUUCUGGUCCCUCCUGAAAGCUGUCACCCACAAACACAUCAUCUCGGACCUAGAGCACCUGGCCUUUGUCAACACGGACGUGGGCCGCUGCCGGGCCUGGCUGCGGCUUGCCCUCAAUGAUGGCUUGAUGGAGUGCUACCUGAAGCUGCUCCUCCAGGAGCAGAUGAGACUGUGCGAGUACUACCAGCCCACAGCCCUACUGCGUGAUGCCGAGGAGGGCGAGUUCCUCCUGAGCUUCCUGCAGGGUCUCACAUCCUUGUCCUUCGAGCUCUCCUACAAGUCUGCUAUCCUAAAUGAGUGGACACUCACCCCGCUAGCCCUCUCCGGGCUUUGCCCACUCUCAGAGCUUGAGCCUCUCCCUACCUCUAGUAUAGAAUUCCAGCGUAAGGAGUCUCUGGAUUCCAUUUCCCACUCCUCAGGCUCAGAGGACAUCGAAGUCCAGCACUCAGGCCAUAAGAUCCGGCAGAACAGGAAGCUCACAGCCUCAUCACUCAGCCUGGACACAGCCACUUCCUCGCAGAUGUCAUGCAGCCCAAACUCUGAUAGCUGCCUGCUCCAAGAGAAUGGCUCGAAGAGUCCGGGCCGCUCUGAGGAGCCCAUGUCCUACGACUCAGAUCUGGGAACAGCAAAUGCUGAUGAUUCUGACCAGUCCCUGCAAGAGUUUCUCUGUUUGAAAACUUCUAGGGUGUUGUCAGAAUUGAGCAAAGCCCAGGUCAACUCUGUGCCAACCUGUGGACCAAGCCAAGAGUCAGAGAUAGCCAUACUCCAGGCCCCACUAUCCUUCCAUGACCUGGCCAUCAGCACACACCUGCUCUCAGAUAUGCCCGCAGAGUCUCUUCCUGACUGCACAUCCUCUAGGACCCCAGGAGGUGACUACGAGCAGGAGCCGCUGCCCCAGGCACUUGGCACCCCACAUGUGAAACAGCCAGUCAUUGCCCAAGCCUGUCCUGCAGGAAGCACUUCAGGCCAGCAGCCUUCUGAUCCUGGGAGAGAGGUGAGCGGAACUGUUGGCCAAGGGAGCAGCCUGCAGAAGGCCCUGGAGGAUCGAAGAUUGGGGCUGAAGCUUGUGGUUCCCUCCCCCACCAGUCCGGAAAUCAAGAGCUGGAUCUCAGAAGAUGACUUCUACCGACCUCCCCAGGAUCCCACUCCCAACAAUGCUGGUGCCGCUUCUAAAGGAUUCCUGGAGCCAAAGGCUGCUCUCCACCAGUGCUGUUCUCAAGGACCAAAAAAGAGCUGUUCCAAUGGCACCCUGGACAAAAUGUGCAUGCAUUCCCCAGGACACAGGAGCACCAGGGCAGCCCCAGUGCAGGAGCACAAGAACUUCUGGGUGGUACAUCGGCGGCAAAUGGGGCUGUCCAACCCAUUCCGGGGUCUCCUGAAACUGGGUACAGUGUCACGGCGGGGGGCCAUGGGCAUCUGGAAAGAGCUCUUCUGUGAGCUGUCGCCAAUGGAGCUCCGCCUCUACCUGAGCGACAAGGAGCGCACCUGCGUGGAGAGCUGCUCCCUGCUGCGCUGUGAGUCGGUGGGGCCAGCCCACAGUGAUGGCCGCUUCGAGCUGGUCUUCUCCAGCAAGAAGCUGGCUCUGCGAGCCUCCUCUCAGGAUGAGGCUGAAGACUGGCUGGACCGGGUGCGGGAGGCCCUGCAGAAGGUCCGGCCACAGCAAGAGGACGAAUGGGUGACUAUCGAAUACCCAGACCAGCCCGAGGAGCCUGCCGAGGUCCCCCCUGGCAGCCAUCCCUCUUACUCAGCCCUGCUCCCAGCGCCAGCCAGCCCCCAGAGCUCACAAUGUGACUGGACGUCUGCCCAGGUUCCAGAACCAGAUGCUAUCAAAGAGUCUCUUCUUUACCUGUAUGCAGACAGGACCUGGAUGCCCUAUAUUUUUUCCCUGUCCUUGGAAUCUCUGAAAUGCUUCCGUGUGAGGAAUAAUGAGAAGAUGCUGAGUGACAGCCAUGGAGUGGAGACCAUCCGAGACAUCCUGCCAGACACAAGCCUAGGGGGCCCAGCCUUCUUCAAAAUCAUCACAGCCAAGGCCAUCCUGAAGCUGCAGGCCGGGAAUGCCAAGGAGGCUGCCCUGUGGAGGGAUCUGGUCCGCAAGGUCCUGGCAUCCUACUUGGAGAUGGCUGAGGAGGCUGUGACCCUUGGUGGGAGCCUGGACGAAAGCUGUCAGGAAGUGCUGAAGUUCGCCACCCGGGAGAACGGGUUCCUCCUGCAGUAUCUGGUGGCCAUCCCCACAGAGAAGGGCCUAGACUCCCAGGGCUGCUUCUGUGCAGGCUGCUCCCGGCAGAUUGGCUUCUCCUUUGUACGACCCAAGCUCUGUGCCUUCUCUGGCCUCUAUUACUGUGACAUCUGCCACCAGGAUGAUACAUCAGUGAUUCCAGCCAGGAUCAUCCACAACUGGGACCUCACCAAGCGCCCGGUCUGCCGACAGGCCCUGAAGUUCCUGGCGCAGAUCCAGGCCCAGCCUCUCAUCAACCUGCAGCUGGUGAACCCCUCCCUCUAUGACCAUGUGGAGCAGAUGCACCUCAUCAGCCAGAAGCGAGAGCAGCUGAAGCUCCUGGGGGACUACCUGGGCCUGUGCCGCAGUGGAGCCCUCAAGGAGCUGAACAAGAGGCUCGGAUACAGGCAUUAUCUCUUGGAGUCUCCCCACAAGUUCAGUGUUGCUGACCUGCAGCAGAUUGCAGAGGGGUUGUACGAAGGGUUCCUCAAGGUCCUAAUCGAGUUCGCCUCCCAGCACGUCUACCACUGUGACCUGUGUACCCAGCGGGGCUUCAUCUGCCAGAUCUGCCACCACAGUGACAUCAUCUUCCCCUUUGAGUUUGACACCACAGUCAGGUGUGCUGAGUGCAAGACCGUCUUCCACCAGAGCUGCCAGACUGUGGUAAAGAAGGGCUGCCCCCGCUGUGCCCGCCGGCGCAAGUACCUGGAACAGAACAGUCUUUCCUAAAACUGGCUGGCAUCCUGGUUUGCCCUCAGCCCAGGGUUCUGUUCACCAGCGUCACAGCUUCUCCUUUGUUGGGAAGACAAGGGCCAUGAUGCCCUUGCUGCCCCUACACCCUUCUCUAGACCCCAGCAGGGGCCUGAAGGCCUGCAUCAGGCCUGGCCAGCCUCACACCAUGACCCUCAAUUUGGGCUGUGCAAACACUGUGGAAACAAGACUUGGAGACAUUUUCAACUCCACAUUACCGAUUAAAAGGUCUAGUUUUUUAAAGUGGGUUAUUUUUCCCCUCAUAUUUCAACAGAAAAUAUUUUUUUAUUCUUGAUCGUAAGCAAGUCACCCCAAAAAUCCAGGCCUUCUCACCCUGAGCCAAGGGUGUGGGAGCUGUUUGGCGUGACGGGGGCAAGCAGGUGACCGGGCACAGCCACUGACAGACAGACCUGCUGCUGAUGGCAGAGUCAGGGUUAGUCCUGGUGACUGUCAUCUUCCUUCCCCACCUCUUCUUGGCUGCAUGCCCCACACUCCUCACCAAAGCCUCCCCUUUCUCGGCAUCAGUCCCCAGCUCUUCUCAGGUCUGGGGCACUGGCCUUAGCAAGAAAAGGAGAAAUAAAUCAAAACCAGCACUGUCAGCACUUUGAGCCUUCCUUGUUCAGGAAAGGCUAGCAUCACCCGCCUUUAACCUCAUGCCCUCCACAAAUGGCCAGGGCCACCUCAUGUGGCUCUAGGGGUCACAUCCCCACCUGCCCGACCUUGCCAGGGCAGAAAAACUUGGAUCCCUAAGAGGGCAAGGAGCCUAGACCAAGCCAGCUGUGGGCCCUGCACUGGGGCAGGGACCUGUCCUGAGCUGCACAGGCCAAGAAGCUGCCAUGUGGAAACCUGCACAACUCCGGCCCACCAAGCCAUGGGCUCACAAAGCCUCCUGGACUGGCCCAGCAGGGCACUGCCAGAGCCUUGAAAGCUCCUUAGAGCAUGAUCACCUUUUGAAAGAGGCCUUGGAACAGGAUGAGAACCUGAACUGUUCUCAAGGUGAUGUUCAGACUGUAAAGGCAUGGUGGGGGGAGCAUGGGUGUGAGCUCUGCUGUCCCCUCCUCUCCUGCACCAGCAGGCCCCUCUGACCACCCCACCUGCCUUGUCUUCAAGUGGAGGCCUCAGGACAUACAUCUUUCAGAGUCAGGAGGUGAGCCUUUGUGUGGGGAUACAGCCCUGUGUGGGGCAUUCACCUAGCACACCCAAGGCCCUGGUCCCAUCCAGCACUUACAGAAGGAAGGAAGGAAGGAAACAAACAAAAGUGACCUCCUUCCCUCCCUGUGGUGAUAGGGCUGCUGAGUCACCUGCCCAGCCCAGAGCUGGAGGAAUUGUGUAACAGAACUGAGGAGGCAGUAGGGAGGUGGCAACAGCUGCAACACAGCUCCUCUGGCCCCAUUAUGUGUUCCCACAAGGGAAGGUGAAGACACCUAUGCCCAGAAUACAGGCCUCCAGAACCCGGAAGUGGUCCAUUUCCCCACCCCACACCCACAGCCAGCAUUAAUGCUUCCACAAACAUCCCAGGUACCUGAAUGGGAGGAGUUACCUGGGGUGGACAUGGGCCUAGGAGUACAUCCCAGGUCCCCUGGGAGGCAGCAGGAACAAGCCCUGGGUGCUGGGGCCUCCUCCCACCCUGCCACCAUGAACAUUAAACCAGGCCCCUCCUGUUACCAAAAAGCUGCUAAUGCAGUGCGUUGGCUCUCACCCCACACCCCAGAGGAGAGCUGCUGUGAGCCUCAGCAAUGUCCACAUGUCUUCAGAUGUUACUGUAUGCAAUAAACUUUUGAGACAGGCUCAGCCCCUGAGAAGUGCUUGGCUAUGUAUUAAAGCUGCUGUGUGCUUUUGAAUGA